AUGGAGUUUCAUACUUUUUGUCAUUUGAAUAUUUGGAGGAUAUGUACAAAAAUGAGAAUUUGGACUGUUUUGUUACUCCUGCUGUUACUGAAGAGUGAUGUUAUUGUUGUGUACUGUGGUUCGGGUUACUUGGUUGGUCUUGGAAGCUAUGACAUUACUGGUCCUGCUGCUGAUGUUAACUUGAUGGGGUAUGCUAAAAUAGAACAAGUUGCAUCUGGUGUUCACUUCAGGCUUCGCGCUCGUGCUUUCAUUGUUGCAGCGUCGAAGGGUAAUAGGGUUGUGUUUGUGAACCUUGAUGCUUGUAUGGGUUCGCAAAUUGUGACAACCAAAGUAAUCGAGAGGCUGAAAGCAAGAUAUGGUGAGAUGUAUACGGAAAAGAAUGUAGCUAUUAGCGGAACUCACACUCACGCGGGUCCUGGGGGUUAUCUUCAAUAUUUUUUGUAUAUUAUAACAUCUUAUGGAUUUGUGCGUCAGUCGUUUGAUGUCAUUGUUGAUGGAAUUGAGAAAAGCAUUAUUCAGGCUCAUGAAAAUCUCCGUCCCGGAUCAAUAUUUGUUGAUGAAGGAGAGCUUUUAGAUGCUGGGGGACCUGUUGGAAGCUUCAGUUGGUUUGCUACUCAUCCGACUUCAAUGGGUCGUAGAAACUCGUUAAUCAGCGGGGAUAAUAAAGGUGCGGCUGCACGGUUUAUGGAAGAUUGGUUUGAGGAAAAAGAUUCUGGAAGAAUGGAUUCUGAUGUACUCGGAAAUGAUGGCUUGCCUCAAAGAAUCUCAAAUAUAAUUCCCGGACUUCGUAAUAAUCAUCAUGAAUUACUGGAACUUGCUUCCUCUUUCCAGUCUCCUCCUGGUAGACCAGUUACCAAAAGUUCGAGUGUUACUAGACGGGUGAGAGGUGCUCCUAGGAAUGAUGACAAGCCUCGAUUUGUAGCUGCAUUCUGCCAAUCGAAUUCUGGAGAUGUCAGUCCAAAUGUUCUUGGAGCUUUUUGUUUAGACACUGGAUUACCUUGUAACUUCAAUCAUAGUACAUGUGGAGGGAGGAAUGAAUUCUGCUAUGGCCAAGGUCCUAGUUAUCCAGAUGAGUUUGAAAGUACCCGUAUUAUAGGGGAAAGACAAUUUAGAAAAGCAGCGGAUCUCUUCAAUGCAGCAGCUGAAGAGAUUGAAGGGGAGGUUGAUUUUCGACAUGCCUAUAUAGAUUUCUCCAAACUUGAGGUGACUAUUUCUGAUCAAGGAGUUGACAAGGUUGUUAAGACAUGCCCUGCCGCAAUGGGUUUUGCAUUUGCUGCCGGAACAACCGAUGGACCUGGAUCUUUUGAUUUUAAGCAAGGUGACAAUAAGGGAAGUCAUUUCUGGAAGCUAGUCCGCAACCUAGUUAAGACAAUAAGCAAGAAACAAAUUGAUUGUCAGCACCCAAAGCCUAUUUUGCUUGAUACUGGUGAAAUGAAUAUACCAUAUGAAUGGGCACCUUCAAUACUUCCAAUUCAGAUCCUUCGAGUUGGGCAGUUUGUUAUUCUGUGUAUACCAGGAGAAAUCUCAACAAUGGCUGGAAGGAGACUACGCCAUGCAGUGAAGACGGUACUAAGUAAUCACAAGGAUUUUGAAAAUGUUCAUGUUGUUAUAGCAGCUUUGAGCAAUGCUUAUUCGCAGUACGCAACUACAUAUGAAGAAUACCAGGUGCAAAGAUAUGAGGGUGCUUCUACACUAUACGGCCCACACACGCUUAAUGCAUACAUUCAAGAGUUUAGGAAGCUUGCAAAGGCUCUUAUCAGCGGCCAACCAGUAGAAUCCGGUCCACUGCCCCCUGAUCUUCUUGAUAAGCAAGUAAGCUUGCUGCCACCAGUUGUGGUGGACGGAACCCCUUUUGGAGUAAAUUUUGGCGAUGUUUCCUCUGACGUACCUCAGAACUCCACGUUUACGAGCGGUGACAUUGUGACAGUUUCGUUUUGGUCUGCGUGCCCUCGAAAUGACCUUUUGACAGAAGGCACCUUUGCCCUGGUGGAAAUUCUCCAAGGAAAAGACACUUGGAUUCCUGCUUAUGAUGAUGACGAUUUCUGUCUGCGUUUUAAGUGGUCAAGGCGUUUUAAACUCAGUCCUAUGAGUAAAGCAACCAUGGAAUGGAGAAUACCGCAUGGCGUGACUCCUGGUGUGUACAGAAUAAGUCAUUUUGGUGCUGCAAAGGGCUUAUUUGGAUCUAUUAAUCACUUUACAGGUUCAUCCAGUGCAUUUGUUGUAUUAGUAUAA